UGACGCCCCAUCUUAAGUUUCAUUGAUGUUGAUAGGUUGCCACCACGUUACCCAUAACAUUCUCUCACCUAUAUAAUGCAUCGAGACACUUGACAUUUAAACUCACCGUUUCACAACUUUCUUCUUCUUCACUCUUUUCUUUGAAAUGUAUAGCGGCGACAAUUACAAGCGGCGACGAAAGGAGAGGUUUGCCGACGAAGAUGGUUACGACGACGACGGUAACUGUUCCAGUGAUCAUGAAACCAAGAAGAAAAAUAUGAGUGGUAUUAUCACUUCGUUACUGUUGCUUGAAGAGCAAGUAAAGCGAGACCAUGAAGAGCAAAAUGUGGCGUCCGACGAAGUGAAAUCGAUUUUGGAGUCAGCCCACAAGAGGAAAACUUCAACCAUGCUUGAAUUUUACUCCAACCUCCAAGAUUGCUACUCCGAAACCGACGAAGUCAACAGUGUAAAGCGGAAGAAGUCCCGCGCCAUGGCGUUCUCCGUCGCCGCCGUUUCCGUUAACAAAACGGAAAACCAAUCAGUCAUCAAUCAUAACAAACAAUCCGGGUCCAUUCAGCAUAGGCGGUUAUGGGUGAAGAACAGACCGAAGGCUUGGUGGGACGAUUGUAACCGACCCGAUUAUCCGGAAGGGGAAUUCAAGAAGGCGUUUAGGAUGAGCAAGUCAACGUUCGAGCUCAUUUGCGAAGAGCUCAACUCCGUUAUCGUCAAAGAAGACACAACGCUACGGAACGCGAUCCCCGUUAAGCAAAGAGUGGCGGUUUGCAUUUGGCGGUUAGCCACGGGUGAACCGUUACGCCUCGUUUCGAAACGGUUCGGUUUAGGCAUCUCGACGUGCCAUAAAUUGGUCCUCGAAGUCUGUUCGGCGAUACGCAACGUUUUGAUGCCGAAAUAUUUACAAUGGCCCGACGAGGUUUCGGUAAGGAAAAUAAAAGAAGAGUACGAGGGUGUUUCGGGCAUACCGAACGUCGUCGGAUCAAUGUACACGACGCAUAUCCCCAUUAUAGCACCGAAAAAAUGCGCGGCUGCAUAUAUCAACAAGAGACAUACGGAACGGAACCAGAAAACCUCGUAUUCGGUAACUGUACAAGGUGUGAUCGAUCCAAGGGGAGUUUUCACGGAUGUUUGUAUCGGUUGGCCAGGUUCGAUGAACGAUGAUCAAGUGUUGGAAAAAUCAGCUUUGUACCAGAGGGCAAAAGAGGGAUUAUUGAAAGGAGUAUGGGUUGUUGGGAGUUCGGGGUAUCCGUUAAUGGAUUGGGUUUUGGUUCCUUACACACGACAACAUUUGACUUGGACACAACAUGCUUUCAAUGAAAAGAUUGGGGAGAUUCAAAGGGUUGCCAAGGAAGCAUUUGGGAGAUUGAAAGGGAGAUGGUGUUGUUUGCAGAAAAGGACAGAAGUGAAGUUACAGGAUUUGCCUGUUGUACUGGGAGCAUGUUGUGUUUUACAUAAUAUUUGUGAAAUGAGGAAUGAAGGGAUUGACCCAGACUUGAAAAUUGAGCUUGUUGACGAUGAGAUGGUCCCUGAAGUUGCUUUGAGAUCGGUAAGUUCCUUGAAAGCUAGAGAUGCUAUCGCUCAUAACCUUCUACAUCAUAAUCUUGCUGGCACUGCUUUUCUGUAAUUCUGUAAUUUACAGAAAUGAAGUUGUAAUCUGGAAAAAAAAAUUACCAGUACUUUUUUGCAAUGUAGUAUAACAUUAUUGUAGGGACUAACUGUAAAUUUGUUUGUAGGGGAUGUGUAAAAUUAUAUGUUUAUCCCCUCAUACAAAUGGAAUAUUUGGAGUUAAUAGUGUUAGAUUUACAUUUAGGAGAAGAUAUUUAUAUUCCUAGGUUCUAUACUUCUUCAAUUAUGAAAUAAAGAAUACGAAUGAAUCAAAUGUAGAAAA